UGCUUCAGCGCUUACCCUUCCAGAGAAGCCAGGAGCCCCCGGCGUCCCAGACAAAUAAGCCACGUAGCAGAUAUGCUGUUAACAACACGGGCGACCAUGCUGAUGACCAGGAUGGUGAUGCCAGGUUUUCAGAUGUUAUUCUGGCAACAAUUUUGGCAACCAAGUCUGAAAUGUGUGGCCAAAAAUUUGAACUGAAGAUUGAUAAUGUGCGGUUUGUUGGGCACCCAACACUGCUACAGCAUGCUCUGGGGCAGGCCAAUGCAGACCCGUCAGUGAUAAACUGUCUGCAUAACCUGUCCCGUCGCAUUGCCACUGUGCUGCAGCACGAGGAGCGCCGCUGCCAGUACCUCACCCGGGAGGCCAAGCUGAUCCUGGCGCUCCAGGAUGAGGUGUCCGCCAUGGCUGAUGGAAAUGAAGGUCCUCAGUCCCCAUUCCAUCACAUCCUGCCCAAGUGCAAGCUGGCCAGGGACCUCAAGGAAGCUUACGACAGGGGUUUGUACCUCUGUCUACACUCCCACCAGCAACACAUGAGAUGCCUCUUCCCGCAAGCUUUGCCAACAUCGAGUCUCGUGAAAUUGUGGAUCUUAACCAGUAUAAUAGGUGGGGAAUGGUGUCUCUGUGUAGCCCUACUGUUGAGGGCUGGGAGGCUCCAGCUGCACGUUUGUGUCCCAGUUGCAUACCUGGUGCAUACCUGCCCCUACCACGCCCUACUGCUGCUCAGUGAUGAGAAGUCCUUGCUGGGUGAACUUCCUAUCGACUGCUCCCCUGCCCUGGUGCGGGUGAUCAAGACCACAUCUGCUGUGAAGAACCUGCAGCAGCUAGCUCAGGAUGCGGACCUGGCCUUGCUGCAGGUUUUCCAGCUUGCAGCUCAUCUGGUGUACUGGGGCAAGGCCAUCAUCAUCUACCCGCUGUGUGAGAACAACGUCUACAUGCUGUCUCCCAAUGCCAGCGUAUGUCUGUACUCCCCGCUAGCCGAGCAGUUCUCCCAUCAGUUCCCAUCUCAUGACCUGCCGUCCGUCCUUGCCAAGUUCUCCUUGCCGGUCUCCUUAUCAGAAUUUAGGAAUCCCCUGGCCCCCGCUGUGCAGGAGACCCAGCUUAUCCAGAUGGUGGUGUGGAUGCUGCAGCGCCGGCUCCUCAUCCAGCUGCACACCUAUGUCUGCCUGAUGGCCUCACCCAGCGAGGAGGAGCCCCGCCCGCGAGAGGACGACGUCCCCUUCACUGCCCGGGUCGGCGGUCGCAGCCUCAGCACGCCCAACGCCCUCAGCUUUGGCUCCCCAACCAGCAGUGAUGACAUGACCCUCACCAGCCCCAGCAUGGACAACUCCAGCGCAGAGCUGCUUCCCAGCGGGGACUCACCACUGAACCAGAGGAUGACGGAAAACCUGCUGGCCAGCCUGUCAGAGCAUGAACGCGCAGCCAUCCUCAGUGUACCCGCAGCCCAGAACCCUGAGGACCUCCGCAUGUUUGCCAGGCUCCUUCACUACUUCCGAGGCCGCCACCACCUGGAGGAGAUUAUGUACAACGAGAACACUCGGCGCUCCCAGCUGCUCAUGCUGUUUGACAAGUUCCGCAGCGUGCUGGUGGUGACCACCCACGAGGACCCCGUGAUUGCCGUCUUCCAGGCUCUGCUUCCCUGAGCCCAGGCGGAGGGCGGAAGGCUGCUGGGGUGUGCAGGUGGGCGCUCGCGUCUUCCCACCCAGGGCUUCCUCCCUGCUGAGGCUGAGCCCUCUUAGCCCUGAGGCCUGGCACUGGGUGGAUGCCGGCCAGCCAUGGCCCAGUGAAGCCUGCAGAGCCCCGCUGUACUGGCCCCUGGUGGUUCAGCUGUGAGGCCGCUGCACUCCGCUUUCCUAUGCUUCCCUCCAGUCCUCGCCGCAUGUGUAGGCGUCUCCACGCUGGAGGGGGCCUGCCAGAACUCCUGUCUCUGGGUGAGGGCUGCAUCCUUCUAGGCCCAUGUGGGCUGUGCGUUUCUCAGACCCUCCUUUUGUCCCUACACCUGCUCCCUGGAACCCCCCUCUGGGGCCACCCUGAAGAAUGUGCUGAAACACUUGUGUGGCCUGUCCCCGUCUCUCUGACAGCCUUCCAUUUGUGAAGUGCCCUGUGGCCCUGUCCCUAGCACCACCUCUGUCUGCAAUGCACUUCUUCCUCCCAGGCUGCCAUGAGCCUUUCCUGGCCCAGCCCUCACCACAGUCCAUGGAAGCCACAAACAGGCUCAUAGCCAAGCUGUGACCUGGUCCUGACCAUCUGGGGCGCGAGGGCCUGAACUCCCCUGCUAGGCUGGAGCAGCCCUGUCACCUGUGCACAUCUUGCUGGCGGAAGCAUGGCCCACUGUGCAGGACCCACCCUCGGGGGCUCUCUGCUCCCACACCGAUGAUUCUCCCCAGCAUCCACACUGGGUCUGGCACUACGUACUCAGGGCCCCCAGCCCUCGUGUCCUGGAGGAAGAGCUGGCUCCAGACACGUGCUGACCACCUAGAAGAGCUCUGGCUAAAGCGCAGUUUUCUAGAAAUAAAACAUUUAUUUGUUUUUUAAA